AUGAGAAGUGCACGAGAGCUUGCUUUGGAGGAUUUAAGCCUAAAUACGUUUGGUAACCUUACGAUGGUUGUUGUUUGUUUCUUGGUGGCUGAUGACAUGGCGAUGGCAGCUCCUCUGGUGGAGAAGCAACAAUGUUGUAGUGUGACGGCAGAAGCUUUUCAAAGCUUAAGGGCUGUAUUAGACAGCUGA